AUGUUUUAUCUCAGUAAGAUUGAGCAUAAAUUGACCUUGCCUCCUUCUCUUCUCGCUCUUCCCAUUGGAGAAGCCAUACACACGGAGCUUGAGAGGCUUUUCUUGGAUAAGGGGAGAUUAUUACUGGAAAACUUGUUUCAUCUGAUGCUGAUGGCUUACGCUUAUCCAUUGGAUUCUUUGACGACAUUUACAUUCCUACUCAUCACAUGCCCAAUCCAAACCGCUAUGAACCUGAAAAUAGCAACAAAAACAAAGGCACGUGGUUUUGGGAUUAUGGUGAAGAAAUUGAUUCAUCAUUUAAUAUUAAUUAUACUGACAAGAUCAAAUUCCAAGUUCAAAGUCAACCUUCUUCAACUGCAACAUCACAACAAUAACACUUCAACAAUCUGCUUCACAGCUUCAUCAACAUCACACCUCAGCAACAAUAAGAAAUCUGAAACUCAGAAAGAAGAGGAAGAAAGGAGAUAUAAAGGUAUAAGAACUCGUAUACCUGGAGGGAUCCAAUACCGUGCUUCCCUGAUUUUCUUUCGCGAUAUUGCGGUUUAUCCUAACCUCCCAGAUCCGCCAUGGCAUCCUCCAAAGAAACCUUCGUCUACACCGCCAAGCUCGCCGAACAAGCGGAACGCUACGAAGAAAUGGUCGAAGCGAUGA